AUGAAUCAAUAUUUGACCGAAAGAAGGCUGUGCUGGUGCUAUGGACUGCUUGCAGUCCUACUUGCUGCUACUGUAAUAUGUUUGGGUAUUCCGUACAAUCAUUGGAAAGCUACAUUAGACGUAUGUCCUGGGAGUUGGCUAGAAAAUAAUAACUGUGGAUGUAUUCUGUAUGGUGUUAGCACUUAUCAGUACUUUACUGGAGGACAUAAUUCUUAUUGUUUGUAUGCGGUAUUUGCACCCAUACCGAUAUUGGUGUAUGCUCUAAUUAUGGCCAUUUUCCAUAUGUACAGAGUUUGUAUUAAUAAUAUUGGUGAAUACGAGGGAGAGAAAUCUACUACCAUGGAUGAAAUAGAAGGUGAAACCAUUGUUGUUACAACUCGGUCAAGAGCAGCACAGAACAUAGAUGGAGUAAUAUUCUGUUGGAUACCAACAUCAAGUGUAGCAGCUGUGUUUGCAGUGUAUAAUUUGAUCCACGCUUCUAUUAUUACUGAUGGUUUUUUGAAGACUUGUCAACAAUACAGGGGUUAUCUUGUGCGGGAGGUUCGUGCAUCAGGUGACCAAGCGACCGCAAUACAUUUUAGAUUAUCUUGUCAAGCAAUUUUUGACUUCAUGGAUUACAUUCAAAAGGAUGCACCAAACAGUCGGCGUGGAGACUUUAUUAAUACAGGUAUUUCUAUGGAGAUUGCUAUUAUUACAUCAUGGCUUGCGGUAGUGUUAUGGAUUGCUGUUGCUGUUUAUACAGCUAUCAGAGCAUAUAAAGAGCGAGAUGUUCUGACAUGUUGUGGAAAAUAA